AUGUCUUCCUCUGAAGAAAAAACGCUGAUUUUGAAAAGCUCCGAUAAUGAAGAAUUCGUGGUGAAAGAGUCUGCUGCAGUUCAGUGUAUAACAAUCAAGAAUGUGGUUGAAGUUGGCUGUGACUUGGGCGCAAUACCGUUGCUGAAUGUAGAUAGCAAAAAUCUGGCUUGGAUCAUAGAGUUCAUGGAAAAACAUGCGGAUUCUACACUGACCGAUUCGGACAAAAAGGACUUUGAAACCGAGUUUGUGAAGAAGCCGAUUAACGAUCUUCUUGGGAUGAUCUUAGCAGCAAAUUAUCUCAACUUCCCGGCAUUAAUGAAUGUAUUGUGUGAUGCUUGUGCGAACGAGAUUAAACUCUGGUCAGUGGAAGAGCUUCGGGAGAAAUUCAAUAUCCAGAAUGACUACACCGAGGAGGAAGAAAAGGCAGUUCGUGCAGAGAAUUCUUGGGCUUUUGAGUAG